AUGAGAUGUGUCGCCAUGGGAGGUUACCUGGUGUCCAUUGACCAGUCCCACGAAAACACCUACGUAAGACAUAUGUGCAGCAUUUACGGAUAUAGAAGAGGAGCAUGGUUGGCUUUAAAUGACGUUCUGAGACCAAACAAACAUAGAUGGUGCUGGGGAUUUACGGUCAAGCCAUGCCACAAAUUUGACUGGUACGGUCAGGAACCAGUUUAUCAUGAACAUGGCGACUACAACUGCGGUGUAUUCUGGAGAUCAUACAAAUACCACUGGCAUGUUGACAGCUGUGGUCAGGCUAACAACUAUGUCUGCGAGAGACCACUGGGAAAACCAUGCCGCUGUUCUUAUUAGAAAUGUAUCUUAAAUAAAGGGC